CGUGUCUAGGAAUGGCAUGUAUAAAACCUGCUUAGUUUGCAUAAUGUACAUUAUAAUCAUAAGCUUUGAAACAAUUGAAACUCAAUAUUCACGUACUGAAGAGGCAGGAAAAUUAAUGAAUGGACAAAAUUAAGAAGUUAAUUUUGCUUCAAGAUGUGACACCUCAUUUAUAGACUACAGAAAAAGGAAUGAUAACCUGACCAUCACCGUACAGUAAGAGAAGAAACCCUAAGGAAGUGUCAAACACGUCAUUUAAUCAGAUAUUUCUUGUGGUGUGCAUCAUUAUGGACCAGCUGUACUCUGCCCUUAAGACAGAAGUCACUGCCUUUAAGCAACAUGUGCAGCAAUGUAAGGACAAUUUCGACUUGGACACUUUGCAUACUGUACUGACUUCACUGACUGAGAAUAACCAGCAAAAAAUUGAAAGUUUUGAUGCUCUCCGACAUCUUGCAGAGGUGUCUAAUUUCAGGGAACAAGAAGCAGUUCAGAUUCAAUUUGAGGGCAAAGCAGACAUUCAGAGCUAUAUCUCCUGGUUUUUUACAUAUUUAGAUCACCUAAGAUCAUUAAAGGAACUAUUUGAUGAAAAAGUAGUGAUUCCCCUGUGUGAGAACAUUUAUGUAAAUGAUGAAGAGGAAGCACUGGAAAAACUACAUCAGUCCCCCAAUUCUCAACAAUUCAGUUCAUUCACUUUGUCAGAAAAUUUAAAACAUGAUUCCAUAGCCAAAGUGGCCAAUGAUCUCUUCAGUCUUCGGCGUAAAUGGACAGCUCUUCUGACAACUGGCAAAAUCAGGGAGGAAUAUCUUAAUAUUCAGAGUGCUCCCAAACACAUAACAGAAAAUAAACCAAUUGGUACAAUUCUAUGGUUGGUGCCAGAUCUGUUCUACAAGUGCUUCUUGGCCGCAAAUCUAGCUUCUCACUGGAUACAUCUCCAUCAAAGAAAAUAUUCCUCAGCUCCUCAUUGGCAAGUAAAACUUGACACAGACAACGGAAAAAUGAAACAGAAAUCACACCAGUUUAAAAGCAUUCAAACUGCACUCCGACUUCCCCAAAGGACCAACAAUAAAAUCCAAAUAGAAACAGCAGAGGAGAUCAAGAACAAACUUCGAGAUGCUAGAUUUCAGUUGCUUGCAUUAAUGUGGCGGGAUAAAAGAAUAAAGUUACUAGAAAAGAAGAUGAGGGAAAGUUUGCUGAACAGCCAGAACUUGCAACAUUUACUAGAGAAGAAGAAAAAUGAGAUGGACCUUCUACAACACAAAGCAGAGAUGGAAGUAAAAGAUGGAAGAAUGAAAGUUCUUAACGAAAAGUACAGCAAGGCAACUUUGGAGGCUCAUAUUCUAGAAAAAAAUCUCAGAGUUGAGGAAUAUCAUCAGCGGCUCCUGAAGAGAGACUGGAUACUGGAACUUGAAAUUCAACCAACAUUUAUCCGCCAUAUUGAUAUGCUCCAGGAACUUUGCAAAGAAAAUGAAGAGAAGCUGAAAAACAAAGAAGUAGAAUUCAGCCAAGAACCACAACAGUCCAGCCUAAUGUCCAGUCUGGAUUCAUUUUCCAUCCUCUCAUGCUCCUCCAGUACACUUUCUUUGAAAUAAAUAACAACAGGAAAUAAUUUGCUGCUAACAGUCAACAAGGUCAAGACUGAAAAAAGCUAAAUAAUGUUUCUUGCAUGGGAAAGGAAAAUAUCAAAGAUCCUCAGAGGCAAGUGGUGACUUAACCCCUUCAAGUCCUGCUCGGAACUUUAACUGAAGUACUGUAUACCCAAUCUUCAAGGGAUUUCCUUUAAAACUACAAAGGAUUUGUUUUGCUCACACAGAUAAAUGGUUUGUGCACUUUUUUUAAAUUAAUUUUCACUUUAAAAAAGAAACUUCAAUAUGAUAAUCUUUUAACAGUUAAAAACAUUUAUACUGUUUUCUCAUUAUAUUCAUUUUUAUUUUUGCACAAAUUUGGGAAAUUUCUGCAGUGUUGUAACAUGCCAUUUCUAAUGAAAAUACUUAAAAUGUAUAUACAAAGGUGCUAAUUCUGUAAAUAAAAUAAGAUUCUACAGUACACCUCUGAUUCACAGGAAGAUCUGUUACUAAGAAAAUUGUGUACUGUAAAACUUAACUUUUUGCAUGAAUUUUUCUCCUUUUGUAAAAUAGCUAUUUAAGUGCUUGCCUUCUUUAACCUUAUCAUUUUACACCCAUUAUAAUUUCUAUCAAGAUAUCAUUCUCAGACCCAUUUAACCUAAUAUUUGGGUAGCUGCAUGCAUAAGGUAGGAAUCAGGAGAAGGGUCUAGAUUUAGAACUGUGGAGCUUUGCUGAACAGCCAAUCAGACUGCAUGUUUAUGUCAAAUGAUUUACAGAUUGGAAACUCUAAAAAUGGCCUGGCUGUGACUGGCAGCAGUAUACGAAUGUCCUACUGCACAACUUGCCUACUAUUAGACAUUCCUACUCGAUAGUCAUCAUUAUGCCUUAGUAAGAUAGGCAUCCGACAACCCUAAUCACAGCCAUUGUUUAAGGAUAUUUCAUGAGAAGAUAUGUGAGAUAUGCAUGUGACAUGGACAUGCUGAGAAAGUCACAAAUGACUGCACAUGUCACAUAUCAAACUUGACAUGUAAUGUUUUUUGAUCUUUAGAAAUUAUACAUUUUAGAUGCAACUCCUAAUGAAACUACUAAUCAAUUAUAGAUGGAAAAUUUGAUUUUGACAUAUGGAGAACCCGUAUUUAAAGUCUGGUUUGUUGUAUCUUACUUCAUUAAAAUGUUCAUAAUUUGUUUUUGUUGUAUCAUGGCAGGUGCCACCAUUUUAGGCUAUUUUUUUUUGUUUUUGUCUGUCUCCAUUAAUAUCUUUUCCAGUAUUCCCUGAAGUGUGAUCAUUUGUAAUGUUAUCCAGACGACAAGUUAAAGGUUGUCCUUGGCAGUUCUGGGUUAUAUAAUCUUGACAGAUCACUGUAAGAUCACAAUUGAAAAAAAAUUAUCUUCUAACAAAUCUUUUGCUCUUGUAUUCUGACCCAGAAUUUUAGACUGUGUUAUUGCUUUGAUGAAACAUCUGCUUGAAUCCUGGUUUCAAUUUCUUGACUACACAUCUUCCAGUCAUUUUUCAUUUUUUCUAUUGCUGUCUCUUGAAAAUCAGUAUAUAAUUCAAAAGUUGCCAAAGGUCACUUGACAUGUGUAAUUUGACUGGCUCAUCAUUGGAGCAGUACUUUGGGGGUCCACAGUUAGACUCUGUUAGGAGUCAGUCUUGUGGAAAACCGAUAUUGACAUAGAGU